GUUUUCUGGUCUAGCCGAGAAAUCUACUUCGUGCUGCCGACUGCUGGCGGUGGUGCCGGGAAGAAAGGGAGACGGAAGGACUAUUACGUGGCGGAGGUUGAUGAUGAGGAGGAGAAUAACGGCGGCGGCGGCGGCGGGGGGAGUAGCAGUGGGAAGAAGAUGAGGAGAGUGGGUACGACGGGUAUGGAUACGGUUCGGGUGGUUCGUACAAUGGUAAAGUUGGGUUUCAUGGAUCAUUAGGUCAGUAGAAGAGGUGAAACUUUUGUUCUCUCGUUUCUAUUCUCCUGCUGCUAUCAUUUUUCAAGUCAUUUCAAUUGUAAGAGUAUGUUUAAUGGCAAACUGGAAUUGUUCUUGUAUAGAUAUACAUUUACUGGAAAACUGAAAAACAGCUAUACAUUUUCAAGCUCUGUCUGGCAUAUUAAUGGUUGUAAGCUUUGGGUUAAAAGUUUCAUAACGAUGGUUGUAUUGAAUGGAUUGUUUUCUGCUAAUUGAGUUUGUUGCCAUGUCUAAAAACUCAAUCGGGUGAGGAUUUUAUCCGAGUUCCAUGUAUCGAAUUGUUUGGUUUGAAAUAGUUUUGAUAAUCAAUGUGAAAGCUAUGUCAUUUCUCGCAAAUGUUCCUUGAUAGUUGCAAGUUUGGAACUUGGAGGUCUUAAUAUUUUGGCAGUAUGAUGCUGCUUCCAUAUCAAUGAUGUCUCAAUAUGGGGCUGAAGCAUUUUGCCUGGCUUAAUGUGGAUUGUGUUGAUAUUUACCCUGAACUCUCGCAGGAUCACUUUAGUCCAACUGAUGAUUCCAUUUCUUAGAUGGGAAUACUGCCUCCACUAUGUGUUUAUACCUGAGAUUGUUUUUAGUUACCCCUAUUUGAGCCAUUUCAAAUUGCUAGACAGCUACACCCUUGGUUGAGCUAUUGUUUUCAAUGAAAUGUGCCUCGUGGGCACUCAACAAUAUUGAUUCAAUAGAUUACCUUCUCUUUCAAAUAAAAUUGCAAGGCUUCUAUGUUGUGCAACUGGUCCCUUUGCUGAUAUAAAAAAGUUGAACGAUUUCGAGAAUUUGUGUUUCUGUUUCAGUUUAGUUGACAAUUAACUUGAAUGCUACUCAAUUUAGUGAUUUCAAUCAGGUUGAUGUGUUCUUUCAGAAGGAUGAGAGGGGGAUCCAGCAAAUUGUUGUACGUUUUGGUCUAUAUAUCAUCAUUUUCUCCUUAUAAGCUGUAUUUGCCAUGUAUGGUGGGUGCAUCUACUGACAUCCCCAAAUUAGUGAGCUUGUUUCCAACAAAUCCAGUUGAGUUGCUGAGAUCAAGUCCUUGAUGAUUAGAGUUAGUAGGGACUUCAUUUUGUGGAUAGAAGGUGGAUUCAUUGCUUGAAGCCGUAAACUAUAAGCAUGCUUGAAGUCAGCUACAGUUUACUUGUUGACGAACAUGGGUUCAUACUUUGUCUCAACUUGAAAACUAGGUUUCUAUUUUUUAUAUCUUUGUAUGGUAAAAUGUCUUGUCUCAUAAGUCAUAUGUAAUCCCUCCUUGAUCUAUGUUUGUUUUGCUGUCUGUGUGUUGUAAUUGUCAUGGCUCUAUAUUCUGCUCCUGCAGAGAAUAAGACAGAUGGAAGGUCUAGAGCUGACCGUGAUGCAGAUGAUCAACAACUCAAACAGUUAGAGGAAAAGAUGUGGUGUCAUCCGUAGCCACCGUGCUAUCUGAUCUAUGUGGGCCUGGAGAAUGGAUGCCUAUGGAGAAACUCCAUGCGGAGCUGCUGGAACAGUUUAGCAGUGUCUGGCAUCACAGUCGAGUCAGAAGAUAUCUAACAUCUGAGGAGUGGAAGAGCCCCGAAGCCAAAGAGAAACCAUGGUACGGCUUGCUCAUGUUGCUGAGAAGAUACCCGGAGCAUUUCGUCAUAAACACAAGGUCCAAAGGCCGAGUCACCCUGGAGUUCGUCUCCUUAGUUUCACUGCUCUCAUAGGGAGGGCCAUUUAGAGCAUUGCCUGGGAUGGAGAUUAAUUAGAGCAUGCUUAUGUGUGAAGAUGUAGUUGUAAACUAGGGCUCUUGUUGUAGUUUAGCGGGUAGUGAUAAUAGUCUUUGGCAUACCUAUCAGAGUUAUGCAGUUUUAAUCGUUCCCUCCUUCUAACCUGCCCCAAACUCUGUAUCUACCCCAAACGACACCCAAGACUCAACUUAUUGCGUGGAGCUUGCAAUGCUGAUUUUGUUUCAGACUUUACGUUUGGAGAUGAAUAGCCCCAAAUUCUGGAGGUUGGCAGAUAGCACGGUGAUGGCAGCUGUAAACUCAUACGAAAAAACUGUUUCGAGAAAUCGCCUAAUCUAUGGUAAAAACUUGCGAAUAACAAUAAACUUGAUAUAUAUCAGAACAAAAACUUACAAAUCCA